ACGCGGGAACGGGGGCCUUAAAACUACAUUUCCCGAUGCACUGGUACACGAAUGCUAACCAAUCAGCGCCAGGUAUUUCGAGGCUCGGGGAGGAGCUGGCUUGGUUAGCCACCCUCAUUGGCUAGGCGACGCUUAGUAGAGCCGGAACCCGGGAGCGAGCGAAACGCAAUGACAUUUCCUCUUUAAAUAACCGGAGCCGGGGCCCCUUGGAGAAAUGGCCGCGUCGGCAGAUUUAAGUAAGUCUUCCCCAACACCGAAUGGGAUUCCGUCUUCAGACACAGCCAACGAUACCAUGGACCCUUUCCAUGCUUGCAGUAUUCUUAAGCAACUCAAAACAAUGUACGAUGAAGGACAGUUGACAGACAUUGUAGUGGAAGUGGAUCACGGGAAAACAUUUUCCUGUCAUAGAAACGUUCUUGCUGCAAUCAGCCCCUACUUCAGAUCCAUGUUCACUAGUGGCCUUACAGAAAGUACUCAGAAAGAAGUUCGAAUCAUCGGUGUUGAAGCUGAAUCAAUGGAUUUAGUACUGAAUUAUGCCUAUACCUCUAGAGUUAUUCUGACAGAGGCCAAUGUUCAAGCCUUGUUCACUACAGCUAGCAUCUUCCAAAUUCCUUCCAUACAAGACCAGUGUGCUAAGUAUAUGAUUAGUCAUUUGGAUCCACAGAAUUCUAUUGGAGUCUUUAUCUUUGCUGACCAUUAUGGUCAUCAGGAACUUGGAGAUCGAUCAAAAGAAUAUAUUCGUAAAAAGUUUCUGUGUGUCACCAAAGAACAAGAGUUUCUCCAGCUGACAAAAGACCAACUCAUAAGCAUAUUAGAUAGUGAUGACUUAAAUGUCGAUCGGGAAGAACAUGUUUAUGAAAGCAUUAUAAGGUGGUUUGAACAUGAGCAGAAUGAAAGAGAAGUACACCUUCCAGAAAUUUUUGCCAAAUGUAUACGUUUUCCUCUAAUGGAAGAUACAUUUAUUGAGAAAAUUCCUCCUCAGUUUGCGCAGGCCAUAGUCAAAAGUUGUGGAGAAAAGGGACCCUCCAACACCAAUGGCUGUACACAGAGGCUUGGAAUGACUGCUUCUGAAAUGAUCAUAUGUUUUGAUGCUGCACACAAACACUCAGGAAAGAAGCAAACAGUGCCUUGUCUAGAUAUAGUCACAGGAAGAGUGUUUAAACUAUGCAAACCACCAAAUGACCUAAGAGAAGUUGGGAUUCUUGUUUCACCAGAUAAUGACAUAUACAUUGCAGGAGGGUACAGGCCAAGCAGCAGUGAGGUGUCCAUCGAUCAUAAAGCAGAAAAUGAUUUUUGGAUGUAUGACCAUUCCACCAACAGAUGGCUUUCCAAGCCAUCCUUGCUUCGGGCCAGAAUAGGCUGCAAACUAGUACACUGUUGUGGUAAAACGUAUGCAAUUGGAGGGCGUGUCUAUGAGGGCGAUGGAAGGAACUCCCUGAAGUCUGUGGAGUGCUAUGACAGCCGAGAGAACUGCUGGGUGACUGUCUGCGCCAUGCCCGUUGCAAUGGAGUUUCACAACGCCGUGGAGCACAAAGAGAAAAUCUACGUCUUACAGGGAGAAUUUUUCCUCUUUUAUGAGCCUCAAAAAGACUACUGGGGGUUUUUAACACCCAUGACUGUGCCUAGAAUCCAGGGCUUAGCGGCCGUGUACAAAGACUCAAUCUACUACAUAGCUGGAACCUGUGGAAAUCAUCAGCGUGUGUUUACUGUUGAAGCCUAUGAUAUUGAGCUAAAUAAAUGGACUCGUAAAAAGGACUUUCCAUGUGACCAGUCUAUAAAUCCAUACCUUAAGCUAGUACUUUUCCAGAAUAAACUCCAUUUAUUUGUGCGAGCUACUCAAGUGACUGUUGAAGAACAUAUCUUCAGAACCAGCAGGAAAAAUUCUCUUUACCAAUAUGAUGACAUUGCUGACCAGUGGAUGAAAGUGUAUGAGACCCCAGACCGGCUGUGGGACCUUGGCCGCCAUUUUGAGUGUGCAGUGGCUAAACUCUAUCCUCAGUGUCUUCAGAAAGUUCUUUAAUUAAAGUAGCAGGCCAAAGCACGUCACUGGCAUCUCAUACUAAGGAAGCUUGUUUAGGAAAUGCUAUUAACAUGGAAGAAAGCUAACAGUUUUGUAUUCAGAAAUGGGUGCUCAUAAAGAUUGUGGUGUGGGGAGGGAUUUGCUUUUACCUUCAUGAUAUUUUUAUUUCGGUCAGGAAAGGUAUCAAAGUGCAAUUAUCAGCAUUUUUCCACCCCUGGCAUAAAAGUAUCAUCCUAGAAUUUUAUGAUCAAUAGUUGCUGAGAAACCAGGUGAAUUCAAGACAACUAUGCACUCUUGAAAAGCAGAGUAUUCCUGGGUAGAGACAUCCAAACUGGUUAACGUGACUUUAUUUUAAAUACGGGUAACAAUGUGAGGCAAUAUCAUUUAUUUAGCUGUGAUCUCUGUAACACAGAGAAGCACUAACUUAGAUCCUCAGUCUUACUAUUUAUAUCUAUUUACAUAUAUAUUUUUGUGUACUGUUUUUAAGUGUACGAUAUUUAAAUGUCAGUAGACUGAAGGAAAACUCAGUUCUCAGAAUGAACUUUUAGUCAGAUUGUUUCAUAUUUCUCAUGUAACUUUUAAGUUAAGCUACAAGGUUAAAGUGGCAGUUUUCUGUCCAUAACUUUUUUAAGUGCUAACACUGUCUCAUUUUUUAAAAUCCCAGAAAGGGCUCAGAUUUGCAGGUGACUGGUGCUCGUAUAAGUUAAUUCACGUGUAGUUAGAUUGAUUUAAAUGGUUUAUGAGUCUGUGUUUAUCUUUCAGAUUAGCAUGCUAGUUCCAUGGUUCUGGCACUUUACCUUGUGACUCCAUGAGGUCUGCUAUUUAUGUGAUAGGAUAUGGCCGAUGGCCAUUGGUCUAACUGGAUUCAGUUUUACAAUUCCAAGUUUGCACUAACAUGGGCUGUUUUGUUGCCCAAACUCUUUUUCCAUCCUCUACCUUUCCAGUCAUUGUUGGUAUCCUGAAAGUUAACUAAUAAUGUGAAGUUUUAACACCUACUUAUAAAAUUCUGGUUUUUAGAAACAAGAGUCUUGGAGUGGUCUAAUAAUUCAGUGGCUUAUAAGGUUCAUACUACAACACAGUACUCUCUUUUUUGCACUCAACAGUGAUGAAUAUUUUUAUGUUGAAACACUUUUAGCUGAAGGCGAUCUAGAAGGAAGGAUGAGUGAGUGAACAGAGUCAUAGGUUUCUGUACUUUAGGUACUAAGGCGCUGUUCAUAUUGAACUGAUAAGUUUCUCACAGUUAGUUAGGAAUAUUAACAUAAACUUCUUUCACCUAAGGCAGGUAUUUAGGUCGAUAACAUAUUCAUUACUCUGCCUACUAUAACUGAUAAAGAAUAUUACACAUAAGGCAGAGCUUGUCCUCAGUCAGAACAAAUUCUCUUAAAGAGAAUCAGUUUGAUUCAGUGUAAGGUGAUAGAUACUGUGAAACAAAUCAAAAACAUUGCCUCUUGCAUCACAUACCUCCUUUUCCAGAAACUUUAUAGACUGCUUUACAAAGGCCCUACAAGUAGAGAGAGUUCUCUGAAGCAGUUCAAGUGGACAGCGUUCAUUGAACGAGUGUGUAUGUGUCCUCCACAGCUGGAUGUGUGGCUUCUCCUAGUCUCUAUAAAUUUUGUCAGCCAAUAUUUUUUUUAACCUCUCUAGUUUAUCUUGUGUUUUCUUUCUUUCUUUCUUUUUUUUUUUUAUGCUGUUUUAGGGUUAUUUCUGUGAAUUUUUUGAAUUGCAUUAUAGUUUUGUAUUGCUAAUGAGAGGGAAGAUAAUUUUUACAAGAGAUAUCCAUGUAAUUUAUUUUUAAAAGCUUUGUUGAGUAGCUAAGGUUUCCUGCCACUUUGACAAUCUCUGUAUUUAGGAAAAUUCAUUACUUGAAUACAUGACAUAGAACAUUGAGUUAGCAAUGUACAUGUACCGUAUACAAUAUGUAAGAGAACAAUACACUGUGGCUAAUUCUACACUAGAUUUACUCUGUUGAUCUGUACAACAAUUGGUCCUUCUGUCAUAACUGUGUAUAUUGAGGGAAUCAUUUAAGAAUAGUGUAUCAAAGCCAAGGUUUAGAAUUUGCUCUGGGAGUAGAAUAUAUAUUCAAUUUUGUAUGAACAAUUUGUUUACAUUAUAUAGCUGGGAUAUUUUGCCACUUUUAAAAUGAUUUCAGAAAAGGUCCUAGGAAACAGAUUAGUGAUAUGUGUGGGUUUAUGUGUAGAAAUUUAAGGUACAUUUUCAUAGUCUGAAAAUAUAAGUGAAAGGCACAAUGGCUACAGCAGGAUUCAAAGAUCUAACAAAUGCCAAUCUCUCUUUAUGUUUCUGCAUUUGAAUGUACGCAGCACUUUUCCUAUAUAGUUCUAUACAAAGAAAGCUGAACUAGGUGUAACUCUGUUGUAGGACUGAAGAAAUUUUUAUUUAUGUCUGUCUUUGUUUCUUGUUAUCCUACAAAGUUGAUGUGUAAACAUCAAGUUGAUUUCAUUGGUGCAUGAGGAAAAGUGGAUGUGCUCUGUCAGGAACCGGAGUCCCAUGUGAAGAGUUUAGAUGGCAUUCAAUGUUCAGUGCUCAGGUAUGUAGUAAGUACUGUAGUCCUAUGGGGCAAAUGUGUAGAUAUUUUUAAACAUUUUGCCGUAAUUGCACAAUUUUUGCAUUUUUACCUGAUGUCAUUGUUUCUUGUAAUAAAACCUUUUCUGAUUGAAAACUGCCAGUGUUGUAAACUGAUCUGAAGAAUGAAUUUUACAAAAUUAAAAUUGGGUGAAAAUCAC